UGAAAAGUCUGGAACAGACUAGAAUAUUAAACCCCCCGCUGCAUGUAUAUUCUCUCAGACUGGCAAGUGGCAUCCAAAAUCGGGUAGGGUUUAUACUGAUUCGGAUCCAAUUCAAUGUCAAAUCGGAGCGGAAAAUUGAUGCCAAAUCUUGAUCAGCAGGGCACAAGAGUGCUAAAUUUAACAGUACUACAGAGAAUGGAUCCUUAUAUUGAACAGAUAUUAAUCACUGCAGCGCAUGUCACGUUUUAUGCUUUCGAUAUCGAUCUUAAUCAAUGGAGUCGCAAAGAUGUUGAAGGGUCUCUUUUUGUUGUCGAGAGGAACUGUCAACCUCAAUUCCAGUUCAUAGUUAUGAAUAGGCGAAAUACAGAAAAUCUUGUGGAAAAUCUCUUUCGAGAUUUUGAGUUUGAAGUUCAAGUUCCAUAUCUUCUGUAUCGCAAUGAAGCCCAAGAAGUCAAUGGGAUCUGGUUUUAUAAUUCUCAUGAAUGUGAAGAUGUUGCUAAUCUAUUUACGAGGAUACUCAACGCAUAUGCAAAGAUUCCUUCGAAGCUGAAAGUAGCAUCAAACAAAAGUGAAUUUGAGGAACUGGAAGCAGUACCGACCUCUGCCGUGAUUGAAGGGCCGCUGGAACCAUCUUUUAAUGUACCAGAUGAUCUUUCCUUUUUCAACUUCUUUAGUAAGGCUAAAAAUGUAGGGCAUAAUUCUUCCAAUAUUUUGAGUUCUGGACAUAAGUCUGCUGUCCCUUUAUCUUCUCACAUUCUUAAUGCUGCCCCUUCUCCUGCAUCAGCUGCACAAACUCCACCUCGACCUCUUUCAUCUUCUUUUCCAAUGCCACUUCAUGAUAUCCCUGAUGCAGUUAAUAGUAGCAAUCCUGUUGCCAAUCUUCUCAAACCCUUUUCUUUUUUUAAACCCCCUUCUUCUGUACCACUCACACCACUGAUAUAUCCAUCUUUGCCUACUCUUCCCCUGCAGACUCCCCUGAAUACACAACAAUCGCAUGGAACUCCCAUGCUUCAACCUUUUCCACCACCUUCUCCACCAAUAUCUCUAACUCCUAGUUCAACACCACCUGCAAGUUAUGGACCACUAAGCAGAGAUGAAAUCCGUGAUGCACUUCUAUUGCUUGUUCAGGAUAAUCAAUUCAUUGACCUGUUUCAUCAAGCACUGCUGAGAGUCCACCGAUCUUGACCACUUCAGAGUUUAUAAAUUGGGUUCAUUUAUUUGUAGGUUUUAUAGUGAAGUCAUUUUGUAUAGAGGUGUCAAGGACUCAAGGAUAUCAAUUUAGCUGCCAGAGAUUGGGGUGUUUAUCUGAUCCGUUAAAAUGCUAGGGAUUGGACCG